UCAUAGGGUAAAAAUAUCACGAAAUAAGUCCUAGGUAUUACAUCAAAAGGCACAUAUAUUUAUUGAAAUCAAAGCGAACAGGCACAGUUCUUUGAGAAUAAUCUCAGUGCAUGAAAUAUAUAAAAUUUAAAUAUAGCAAUGACUACGACGAUGCUUGUUCGUUCAGUCUGUACGAGUACAAAUAGUGUGGUUAAUUUAAUUGGAAGUAACUUUCGGAUUGGUGCACUUUCGUUUCAGCCUUUGCGACGUUGUGUGGCAACCAAGUCUGAUGUUGAUGAUGCUCUUAAAGAGUAUAAAGAGGGCAAAUUUGACAAGCUUCCAGAUCCAGAUAAACUCGCACAUUUCAGGAAAACCAAACCUGAAGUUGUUAUACAUGAUGCUGAAGUCCCCAAACAAGAUGUGCUUCCAAUGGGAGCAGCUGCCCUACCUCAUCCAAUCUGGUCAGAAGACGAGCUUCACAAAGUUGAAAUUACCCACAAGCCUCUAGAAGGUUUUGUAGACAUGGCAGCAUUCUUCAAUGUGAAGACCGUGAGAAGGGGAUUUGAUGUGGUGUCAGGGUUUAGCAGGGGAGAACGAAAUGAAUAUAAGUGGCUGAAGAAAACCAAACCUGAAGUUGUUAUACAUGAUGUUGAAGUCCCCAAACAAGAUGUGCUUCCAAUGGGAGCAGCUGCCCUACCUCAUCCAAUCUGGUCAGAAGACGAGCUUCACAAAGUUGAAAUUACCCACAAGCUUCCAAAAGGUUUUGUAGACAUGGCAGCAUUCUUCACUGUGAAGACCGUGAGAAGGGGAUUUGAUGUGGUGUCAGGGUUUAGCAGGGGAGAACGAAAUGAAUAUAAGUGGCUCACGCGUAUAAUAUUUCUGGAGACUGUUGCUGGUGUGCCAGGUAUGGUUGCAGCCAUGACACGACAUCUUCAUUCCUUACGACGUAUGCAGAGGGACUAUGGAUGGAUUCAUACAUUGCUAGAGGAGGCAGAAAAUGAGAGAAUGCAUUUAAUGACUGCUUUACAACUCAAACAGCCAUCACGACUGUUCAAAUGGUGUGUCAUAGGAACACAAGGUGUAUUUGUUGGAAUGUUCAGUGUUUGGUACUUGAUCUCGCCAAGAUUUUGUCAUCGAUUUGUUGGAUACCUGGAAGAAGAAGCUGUCAAAAAUUACACAGAAUGCCUAGAGGACAUUGAAUCUGGAGCAUUGGAGCACUGGAAAACACAACCGAGUCCAGAAGUUGCCAUUACAUACUGGAACUUACCUGAAGAUGCAACAAUGAAGGAUGUGAUUCUUGCCAUCAGGGCAGACGAAGCUCAUCACAGACUUGUAAACCACACUCUGGCUUCAAUGAAACCUACAGACUAUAACCCGUAUAAACCUGGAAAGUAAUGAUACACUGUAUCAAAACCUGUUGGUUAGCUGUUUAAAUUGUUUGUAAGUAAAAUGAACAACACUAUGGCUUCAUUGAAAUUUACAGACUAUAGAUUGUGUAAAUCUGGAUUAACUCUGACAUCUGUGGAACCUAUAGACUAGGGUAAAUCUCAAAUAAAUCCAGCUUCAUUGAAACCUACAGACUAUAGAUUCUGUACUCACUCAUCAGUGGAACCUACAGACUUAAGUGUAAAUCUAGUUUAAAUCCAACUUCAUUGAAACUUACAGACUAUAGAUUGUGUAACUCUGGAUUAACUCUUGCAUUAUUGAAACCUACAGCAGACAUAAGAAAAAUUGUUUAAAUCUGGAUUAGUUUAGGCUCAAGUGUAAGCCUACAGACUGUUGAUUGUUCAAUCCCUGGUAAAUUCUUGCAGCAGAGAAACCGAACACGCUAUUUAUUAUUUUAAACUGGGUAUAUUUCAUCAACGAUGAAACAUACAGACUUCAAAUAGGACCAACCUGGAUGAAUUACAGGAUCAGUGAACUUUACAGAAUAUAGAUUGCUUGAGGUUGUUCUGCACAUUCAGAUCAAAGAUUUUUCUGCAGUGUAGAAUUUGAUUAAACCCUGAUAUUUUAUAUCUACAUAAUAUACCAAGAACAUCUGGCAAAUAAAAAAUCUAGGGUCGUGUGCCUGAUUUUUUGCUAGAAUGAUUUGAAAAUUUGGACCUCACAAAAGUUUUCAUAUUAAACGGGCAUCUAAGGGAAAAUCACAAUUUUGAUAUCAUUUUUGUAAAUAGAAUUUUUUUCUGAAAUAUAGAUUUUAAUGAAACAUCUCAGUCAUAAAUAAACAUAUGAUCUGUAAUAUGGUGAAAUAAAAUGUAUAGGUCUG